UAUGGGCUGCCAAUCGUGCCAAUUAGCUAAUCUCAAUAAACACAAGAAAUUCACAAAGCUAUUUCAUUUAUUCAAAUUCCAUAACAUUAAUAAUACUAUGUAACAAACAUGUAUUUAUAUGAUCGUUGUGUUUUGUUAAUUACGUUAUUGUUCGGUGUAUAUCCAUCGGUGCUUGGAAUAAUAUUUCCGUAUGUGUAUCCUCGUUUAAAAUUGGAAGCGAAACUGAGCGAUGCCGGUGACCCCUUAAUACUUACGCCGUAUAUAAAAAAAGGUCUAGUUCUCGAAGCCCAAAACCUCUCACGCGUCUCCAUAACAGAUAAAAUUGGUUUCGUGAGUUACGCCGGCUUCUUUACAGUUGAAGAAACAUACAACUCCAACCAAUAUUUUUGGUAUUUCCCGCCAUUUUCCAAAAAUGCGUCCGCGCCUGUGAUACUCUGGCUCCAGGGUGGACCUGGGGGCAGUUCGUUAUUUGGUUUAUUUACAGAAUUAGGCCCUUUAAUAGCAAAGAGGGACGGGUUUGCUCUUAGAAAAUAUCAUUGGGCUCUAAAUCAUCACCUAAUUUUUAUAGACAACCCAGUCGGUACAGGUUUUAGCUUUACUGAUAAUGAAAAAGGCUACUGUUCUGAUGAAGACUGUGUAGCUAAAGGACUUUAUAGCAGUUUACAACAAUUCUUUACUAUGUUUCCAAAUUUAAAAAACAAUGAGUUUUACAUUACUGGUGAAUCAUAUGCAGGGAAAUAUGUACCGGCAUUAGCUAUGGAAAUUCAUAAUCAAAAUUUAAAUGGUGGUGAAAGUAUUAUUAAUUUGAAAGGGUUAGCGAUGGGAAAUGCUUACUGUGAUCCUGUCCACCAAAUAGAUUAUGGGAAUUAUCUCUAUCAACAUGGUUUGAUAGACAACAACCAAUUGUUGAUUUUUGAGAAUUUGCAAACAAAAAUUGUUACUGAAAUUAAAGAAAAUAAUUGGCAGGCAGCUGACUUUCUUAUGGACAAAUUGAUGGAUGGAGCGCUAACUAAUUUUUCAUAUUUCAAAGCAUUCACGGGAUUUGAGGAUUACUACAACUUUUUGUACACUAAAGAAGAUAUUAAUACAGCCAUGCUUGCUAAGUUGCUGCAGAAUGAUAAGGUUCGAAAGAGUGUGCAUGUCGGUGGGUUGCCAUUUAAUUCCGGUGAAGAAGUACAAUUGCACUUAGCUUAUGAUAUUCUAAAAUCAGUUGCACCUUAUGUCUCAGAGCUAUUGUCCCAUUACCGAAUCUUGUUUUACAAUGGCCAAUUAGAUAUCAUUGUGGCAUACCCAUUGACUGAGAAUUUCCUCCGUAACUUGAACUUCUCGGCAGCAGAGGAGUAUAAAAUAGCUCCGAGACACAUUUGGCGUGUAGGUGAAGAUAUAGCAGGGUAUGUGAAGAAAGCUGGUAACCUGACCGAGGUGCUAGUACGGGAUGCUGGUCAUAUGGUGCCUCAUGACCAGCCACGUUGGGCGUUAGAUCUGAUAACAAGAUUUAUUAGAAAUAAACUGUAAAGAAAACACUUGAAAUAGUCUGUUACAAUUCAUGGCUUUAUUUUUGACAUUAAAUUAUGAGUUUUUACAUU